AUGAUUCUCCCCAAAACAAACCUCAUCGCACUUCUAGGCUUCGGUCUCCUUGUUCAAUCAAUGGCUUUUGGUCCAAGUCAUGAUCGGCAAGUCGCCAAACGUGGAAACACCGUUGUGGCUCGCGGAGCGGAAGACGAUAUCUUCAUGAAGGAUGCUCCUAUUAUCGACGACGUGGACGAGGAAGAAACUUGA